GUGGAGCUGAAACGAUUUGAAUAGUUGGGGAUUUAUUGUUUUCGUUUCUUUUCGCUUUAGGUUGGCACAGCUGGUUGUCAACCUCUUCAUUGUUGUCCUCGUCUCACGUCUACUUCAUCAAGAUGGGUAGACGUCCAGCGAGAUGUUAUCGCUACUGCAAAAACAAGCCGUACCCCAAAUCGCGUUUCUGUCGCGGUGUCCCCGACCCGAAAAUCCGUAUUUUCGACUUGGGCAAGAAGAAAGCAACAGUGGACGACUUCCCACUGUGCGUCCAUUUAGUCUCCGAUGAGUACGAACAGUUGAGUUCGGAGGCUCUUGAAGCUGGGCGUAUUUGCGCCAACAAGUACCUCGUCAAGAACUGCGGUAAAGACCAGUUCCACAUUCGCAUGAGACUCCAUCCGUUCCACGUUAUCCGCAUCAACAAGAUGUUGUCAUGUGCUGGAGCCGAUAGGCUCCAGACUGGGAUGAGAGGAGCCUUCGGGAAGCCCCAAGGCACCGUCGCGCGAGUCAACAUUGGCCAGCCGAUCAUGAGUGUGCGAUCUAGCGACAGGUUCAAGGCCCAAGUCAUUGAGGCCCUGCGUCGUGCGAAGUUCAAGUUCCCCGGACGCCAGAAAAUCUACGUUUCGAAGAAGUUUGGUUUUACGAAAUAUGACCGCGAAGUGUACGAUAAGUUGAAGGAGCAAGGAAGGCUGGCCCCUGACGGUUGCAAUGUUCGCUACAGGCCCGAACACGGCCCCCUUGACGCAUGGAAAAAGGUACAAGAAGAACUACUAACUGUUUGAUUUGUACGUUUUUAUUUCUGAAUAAAAAAUACACGGUAAA